AUGGACUCUGCUGAAUAGCUUAGCUAAGAAGCAAAUGAUAAUGAAAACUGCCAAAGUAGCAGCUCGAAUUUAAAUGCUACUCAUAACGACAUAUUAGGUAAAAUCAAGACAAAAAGAAAGUAGAUUUUUAAGUUAAUGAAACGCCAGAAUACAAAAAAAAAAUGCUCAAGUUACUCAGGCCCAACUCACAAUAGAAAAGGCUAAAAUGAAGGCCACUAAAUUGAUAUCCGUUAACAUUCAAACUCAAUAUUGAACUUGCCUUAAAAUUUAAGCUUGGAGUAAAAGGAUUCAUCAAUAAAUAACAAUCCAUCUUAAAAUAACUUGGAAGAUGACGAAUUAUUCUCUUUAAACGGCUCCUUCUGCUAGUCACCGCCUUUUUAGCACAUAAAAGAUUUCGCUGAUAAUAUUCAAAUAACAGAAAAGCUCUCAGAUAUGAAAAUAUCCAGUCAUACUCCUCCACUAAAUCCUCAGAGAUUAUAUAAUUUAAAUAUGAAUCCCUUGAAUUUUAAUGAAGAUGAUGACUAAAAUUCAAAUGAAGAUAGCAAAUAUAGAGAAGAAAAUUAUAUUUUGCCACAAAAGAAAAUAAAAACUUAAAAUAACAGAAAUUAUGAAUAAAAAAGAUAAGCACAAACUAAUAAUUUGAGAAAUGCUUACAAAUUAAAAUAAAGUGAAUCGGAAAAUUAAGAAGACCUUCAUAAUAUAGGAUUUGAUCAAGAGCUUUCGCACUCUGUAUUUGACACUGAGUCUAUAUAAAAUAAUAAUAUAGACAAUAAAACAUAAAAUUAAGAAAUAGAUGCUGAUGAUAAUGAAAUUAAUUUAUCUCCUGCAGCAAAUGCAGAAGGUUGCAGCAAUGCGUAAAGUAUUAUGAAUUCACAUGAAAAAAAAUAAAUGCAACAAUAAUCAUAGUAAUAUAGUAGAAGAGAAAAAAGUUUAGAAGAAUUAUCCAAAAAAUUCUUAACUAUAUUUUUAUAGAAAGAGUAAAUGCUGAUAAGUCUUGAUAAAAUCACUUAGUAGCUAGAUGUUGAAAGGAGAAGAAUAUAUGAUAUUAUAAACAUCCUUGAGAGUCUUAAGCUCGUUACAAGGAGAGGUAAAAAUAACUACAAAUGGAAUGGGUUUGAGCAGAUCUUUGACACAAUACAAUUUUUUAGCACUCAAAGUGACAAACAAGAAGUUAAUUUAGUUGCAGCAGAGCAAAAUGAGAAGAAAGAAAAAUCGUUAGAAAUACUUUCGAUUGGAUUUUUGAAGUUAUUUUUAAAUUUCAAGUAAACUCUUUCUUUAGAGGAGGCAGCAAGAAAACUAUCUCCAAAUAACAGUGAGAACUAAAAGAUAAAAACAAAAAUAAGAAGAUUGUAUGAUAUUGCUAAUGUAUUUAAAUCUUUGGGACUUAUUAAGAAAGUCUAAUUAAAUGAAACUAAGAAGCCUGCUUUUUAGUGGAUUGGGAUUACAGGGCUGCAAGAUUUUUACAACUCUUCGAAAGAUAAAGAAGGCCUUGGAAGCUAUUAAGAGCUAGAUGAAACAAAUAAGAGCUAAAAAAUAAAUAAAAAAGAAUAAUAAAUUUAAUAAAGAACUCUUUCUAACUCUUUAGUUAAUUUAUAAAAUUAAAAUGAUUAAAAUAUAUAAGAUACCACGAAAACAGACUUUAUGAAUUGCAAGGACUUCAAUUAAUUCUUUUAGUCCAUAGAAAAUAAUAAUAACUCUUUAUAAUAAAAUUUAAUUGCUCCCUUUUAAUAAGAAAAAGUUAUAGCAGCUGAAGAUCCUGAUAAAGAUGAUGAUUUUUCUGCUUCAAAAAAUACUUGCUUUUUCUCAAAUUCAAAAAAUAGUGCUUUUAAAAGGGUCAGCAAAAGCUUAUCUUAAACGACAUAAUAAAAUGCUUAAAUUAAUCCAAACAAUAGAUUAAUUUGCUUGGAAAAUUUAGUUAGAAAUUCAAUUUUCUAAAAUAAUUAACUAACCAAUUCCCUUAAUAUAAGUUAAAAACUUACUUAGCUGUUUGAGCAAAAAGGAAGGCCAAACAUAUUUUCAAAUAUAGUCAACGAUCAAAAUAUACUAAAUAACUAGAAUAAUACCACUGAAAAUUAAUAAAGAAAGUAGUCAAUACAAAGCGAAAAUAAAAAAGAAUACAGCUAUUCCUGGUACUGA